CAUGACUGAGUUGCCAAGCUUCGAAAAACGAAUGUACACAUCAGGGGUCAGCUGAGCAGGUGUAAUUUUAGCCUGGAUAGUGAAUGAUUAGUUCAACACACGGACGCUUUUCAAGUAGUUUGUCGAGAAACGGAACGCUAUGGAAUAUAACUGUGUUCAUAGGAUAUUUAUUUCAGGCUGUAAAAGAUCCUGGUAAUGGGCUUGUCUAGUCCGCCUCUGUCUGUAGUUCAGUAUUAUGACCAGCUGCAGCAUGCCUAGUCCCUCCAGUGUUGGAAAACUCAGCACAAGCCUUGAGGAGCUGUCCCUUCGCAAACAGCUCCCUCUACGGCAGCAGGCAGAUAAGCCAGUGCUGAAAUACAGCAGCAAUUCCAAACCCAUACAUCUGUAUGAGAAACGAGAUGCGACGGCAGUGAAGAAGGGAGGGAGCAGUCCUAGUUUGCUGCAGACAGUACCAUCUGGUACCAGUGGAUAUGGAUAUACUAAUCAUCAUGCUCAUAUGGUUUCUGGGCCGUUUAAGCCCAAGCCGCCUGCUGCUCCUUACUUGGCAAAGAAUGCAGGUAGCAACAGCGCAGGGUCCAGUCCACUGCAGAAUCGUAGUCGGUAUACCUCACCGCAGCGAAGCACGCCCUCAUCCUUGUCACCAUCAUCAGGCUCUCCUUCAUCUUCAUCGACAAAAUUACGCAGUGAUCCAUACUCUCGCCCCAUCAGUGCCAAAGACGUCGAGGAAAAACUGCAGCAAAGUAGCACUAAUUCUGCACUACGCAAAUCAUUAUCUGGUUCAGCACUAAAGUCGUUAGCGAUAAACAGUGGGGUCAGCGGACUGAAAGGACAGCGAGAUAUUGUCGUCCCCGCCAGCAAUCCGCCAUUGCCAAAUGCAUUUUUACGCCCUAAAAGUGCCUUAAAAAGUACUGAGCCCAGCAAUAAGCCACCUCCGAGCCCUGUCAAGGACAGCUCUGUGAGUAAAAAUAAUAAUGUUAAUUCUUUACAAGGAAGCAGUGCCUUAGCUAAAGGAAGCACAAGGACAGAGACUGUUAAAAGUGUAGCCAAGGGGGACGGCCAUCCACCAAAGCCACCCCCUGGGACAAGGCCCCGCUCGGCCCGCCCUCCGUCUGCCAUGUUGGUGGCUCGGCCGUCUAGUGCCAAAGUACGCAAUCCCAACUACACUCCUGUGAAGCCAUACUCGGAUAUCUCCAGGGAGGGUUCCAAUGAGAGCAUAGACUCUGGGAAAGUUAGUAAUAAUAGUAAUAACACAGGUGGUAAGAAUGGCAUUGAUACCAGUGACAGUGACUCUGAGCUUAAAAGUGCUGGUGGUAGUAACAGUUCCAGUUCACUUGAUAAAGCAGUGAAAUUAACCCCCACCACGGAGCCUCAUCUGCAGUCCAGUGGAUCGGACAAUGAAACUAGCGAUAAAAACAACUCUGCUACCCCCAUGAAGAAAAUGCCAGUGACUGGCACACUUAUUGAUGGGACCAUGUUUUAUCGGAAGGAUUCCCGCGAGGAACAAAAAAUAGCUGACUAUGGUGUUGUACGUCCAAAAGCAGAAGGUGCUCCAGCUAAAAAUAGUACUGUUGAGAACUCCUCGUUGAAAUCCCCAAGCAGCCAAAAGAAAGUAGUGGCUCAUCCACAGAGUGGAAGAUCGGUGAAGUCGACGGUAUCCAGGAUGUCGAGUGCUGUUGAUGAUGAGGCUGAUGAUGGAGAGUGGGAAGACGAAGGUGAAGUGGAUGAUGAUGAUGAUGAUGAUUAUGAGGAUGGGGAUUAUGAUGACAUAAAUACCAACAGUGAGCGGCUGCCUGCAGAUGGGGAAUCCUUUGGAGAUGACAUUGAUGAUGACGACGAUGACAUGCUUGAUAACCUGGAUGACGACGUUGUUGACGACAGCGAUGCAGAGUCUGACACGUACUCCAUUGGGAGUGCGGUCUCAAAGCGAUCCUCAGCCACCAGUGUCAGGAGCACGCUGCGAUGCAAGUCUGCAAAAACGAGACCUGCUGCGUCGACCAUUUUGCGCGAGAAUGCAACUUUGAGUUCUGCGGAUGUCAGAACAUUGACGACGAGACCCAAGUCUGCUGCUCUGAGAGAUUACGAGCUGCAGCCCGCGCUGACUGCUAGUCUGUUUAGUAACGUCCCACCUACCAUUAACUUUGUGGCAGAUGGAGAGAAAGUUGAGUCCCUUCCUUGGGAAAUUAAGAAACUCCUCAAAUGGCGCCUAAGUCCUGUGACACCAAACGUUGUGAAAAACUGCAUCAAUCGUUCCGGUUUUAGGAUCACAAAGAAAAAUCAUGAUUGGCUAGGUUGCUGGGGGAAGCAUAUGAAGGCCAAUGCAUUCCGAGCCAUCAGAGAGUAUCAGAAACUCAACCACUUUCCGGGAUCAUUCCAAAUUGGCCGCAAGGAUCGUCUCUGGCGCAAUCUGUCCCGAUUACAGGUGCAUUUUGGGAGAAGAGAGUUUGGCUUUUUUCCGCAGACGUUUGUCCUGCCUUAUGACAUGAAACUGCUGAAGAGAGCAUGGGAAGAUGGAGGGUCCAAACAAAAGUGGAUUAUUAAACCACCUGCGUCUGCCCGUGGAAUUGGAAUCAAAGUGAUCCACAAGUGGAACCAAGUGCCAAAGAGGAGGCCGGUUAUUGUACAGAAGUACUUAUCCAGGCCAUACUUGAUCAAUGAGAGUAAGUUUGAUCUGAGGAUCUAUGUGUAUGUGACCAGUCUGGACCCACUGAGACUGUACGUCUUCCAGGACGGACUGGUCAGAUUUGCCUCCAUGAAAUACUCUAGCUCAAUGAAGAACUUGAACAACAAAUACAUGCACUUAACCAACUACAGCAUUAACAAGAAGAACUCUGGCUACCAAGCUAAUGGGGAUGACACUGUGUGUCAAGGACAUAAAUGGUCACUGAAGUCUCUGUGGGGAUAUCUUCAGAAGAAAGGGGUCAACUAUGGCCCUAUCUGGGAGAGCAUCAAGGAUCUUGUCAUUAAAACUAUUGUCUGUGCUGAGGCCCCUAUGAACAGCCUGGUGAAGUCAAACUGUCAGAGCACCUACUCUGUCCAUGAGCUGUUUGGCUUUGAUGUCAUGUUGGAUGAACAGUUGAAACCCUGGAUACUGGAGGUUAACAUAUCCCCCAGCCUCCACUCUAACUCUCAGCUGGACAUGAACGUCAAGGGUCAGAUGAUCAAGGACCUCCACAACUUGGCUGGGUUCCAAAUCCCAGACAAGAAUGACGUGGUGCAAAAUCCUUCUGCUCCCGCAGAAACAAGCAAUAUCAAAGUGCCUAGUGAACUGAUCAUGGACAAGAGAUUGUUCACACAGAAUAUGGCUCCUGAUGAACGAGCCAAGCAUGCCUACUACUGCCAGAAAUACCAGGAUGAUCAAAUCCAGCAAACUGUGCUUGACACGCUGACGCCAGAUGACAUCCGUGUCUUGAUAGCUACAGUAGAUGAGGACUCCAGGAAGGGGGGCUUUGAGAGGGUGUUUCCCACUGCCAAAUCCAGCAAAUAUCUCAAGUUCUUUGAGCAGCCAAGGUACUACAACCUGUUGUUAAACCAGUGGGUUCAGAGGUAUAACAAGAUGGAGGCAAGGGGCGUGGCACUCCUGGAUUCCUUCUGUCAGAAAUGGGUCCAUGUGCAAAGUCCAAUUACAGAUCCUUAUCACCAGUGGAGUCCUCCAAAUGCCACCCCUCGCACACUGAGUGCUCCGUCUAGCAAACCAGGAGUAGGGAACUCAAGUUCAACAUCCCAGCUGCCAAAACUACGCAAGAAGAACAACAAGCCAAUUCAGAAAAUGUCCCACUCAGGAAGUGCGUCAUCACUGGAUAAGUACAUGAUGCCAUCCAACCCACCGUCCAAACAAAACAGAUGAGGCCUUCCCCGUCUACCGCCAUUGAAGGAACUUUUAGAAGCUUCGGAUAUUACAUUUUUUGGCCAGCAGAGUAGUAAUAGUAGUAGUAGCAUUCGACUUCACCUUACACCUGGCGAGAGUUUGAAGCAGCAGCGUAACUCUAUAUCGGACUGGAUGAAGAAGGUACGCGAGUCUAUUGGAGAGUUGCCAGAUUCCACAGCAACCAAGGAGAAUCUAACUGACACUGGUGAUAUCAGUGUUGAAGAAGAUAGCAUUCCUCCUUUAACUUUGCCAUUGAAUUUGAAGGAAUCCUCAAACUCUGUCACAGGGACUUCGCCGUCAUUCCUGGAAGCAGUGACACAGAAACGUGCCAACUCUGUCAGCUUGGCCAUAGCUCGAAGGGGUUUGCUCCCUAAGAGUGGUAAUAGCGCCACCUUGCGGGAACAUGCACGUCUCAGCAGCGUCAGUCGUGUUGGGCUGCGUGACCUUGACAGCAGUCUGUCUCAGUACAAGAAGGCAUCAUGGUCUCAGUCCAGUACCUCGGAUUCGGCCGUCUUCACGAUGUCAGGUGCGGAGUCAGAGGCACUCGAUAACAGGCCUGCAGCUAGAAGAGGAGGAAGACCUCGGCCCUCCUCCUAUAAGAUUCAGCGCCAUUUCAGCUUCAACAGCAAGGAUUACACAGGUCCCGUAGGGUCAAAUAUUAUACCUGUGUGGAGAGAGACACUGCAGAUCAUGCGGCGCCAUAGUUCUCCCCAAGGUAGCAAGCUGCUCGCCAGAGCUCAAGUGUACUCUGUGGCCGAAGUUCAGAAUCUCAAUGACAUAGGACACCCAUCUUCUUUUCACGCGCACAAAUAAA